GUUUAAAAUUUAUAGUAUUAAUUCUACAAGCAUAUCACAGUUAGGAUCCAUUUUCUCAUCAUUUUUUUUCUUGAUUUCAAGAGAGAACGAGAUUACUUCAACCAUAACAGCUCAAUAGUAGUGUGGUGAGUGUCACCUUUUUCUGUAUACUCUCUAGUGUAAGAGUCAUGGAUUGGCUUAGACGCAGCCUAUCUAGGGGUUCAAGGAAUAGCAAAACCCCAAAUAUCCAAACGCAGUCCAACUCCGAAGUACAGCAACACCUAGAAGAAAGCAUAUACGGGAUUACCGAGGAACUCAUCAACCACAUCAAGACCUUCACCCUUGACACCUUUAAGAAUUUCCCUCUCCAAGAUGAAGUUGAAGGCAGUUAUGGGGAAGACACUCAAUCCUCUUCAACCAAAGUUCGAAAUGAACUUUCUCAGUGGCAAGAGAAACAUGCAAUCCUCGUACUCUCAAGAGUCAAGGAAAUGUCUCAACUGAGAUAUGUACUGUGUCCUCGCCAUUUGAAGGAAAGUCAAUUCUGGAAAAUUUACUUUAAGCUUGCUAGGAGCCAUGUUCUUGAAUAUGAGCUUCGUGACAUACAACGGGAGAAACUGAAACAGAUGGCAGUGGAAGAUGAGAAAUCUUCAGAUAACAAUCCGUAUGAAGUUGAAAUGGCAGAAGCAAAUCAUGAAAACUUUAUUGAGCCUCUACCGCCCUCAUAGAAUAAAAACACUAACAUUGGUUGGUGGCAUGAAUGGAACAGAUAAAUGGUGUGGAAUCCUUGGAAACUUCUCAUGGCGGUUCUUGGUUAUAGAGGCAAGCUAUUUCUUCAUUUUAAAAGUUUGAGAUGCCCGACAAUCAAAUCACGAAUCCAAAAACUUCACAAAUGUAUCACUGAUGCUGUUGCUGAGUAAUUAGUUUGGUUUCUGAUAUAUGUCCCUCCUCAUCAUUCUUAUCAUAGUCAAUCAGAAAACAAUGGAUAAAUGUACAAAAUCUGUUUCGAAUGAUGGAGUUGGCUAUAACGAUUUUGGAUUUAACAUUAAUGUUUACCAAUUACCAUAAAUGUUGAUAACUUCCUUUUUACAAGGUUUUUUUACAGCUUGUUCAAUUGUCAAGUGUUAGGUGACGUUAAGUGUAAUAAAAGAAUGUGUUUUUAUUAA